CUGUUUCUUCUUCUCCUUCUUCUUCUCCUUCUCCUUCGUCUUCUUCCCCAAAUUCAAAGUUUCAAAAUGUCAGAGGAGUGAAGUUCAGAGCCUCCCCCAGUCGCUGCAGAGCUUGUGUCUUCACUGGUUCGUCUCCGAAUUGGGAACUUCCUCUCACUUCAGGUGGGUUUCCGAAUGUGAUAGAAUUGGCUGACGGAAAUGUCCCUCCUCAGUAGAUUCUUCUACAAAAGACCCCCAGAUGGGUUGCUCGAAUUUGUCGACCGGGUUUACGUUUUCGAUUCCUGCUUCUCAACGGAGGUAUUGCCGGACGAAAUGUACCAAGUCUACCUGCAUGAGAUCUUGGCUGAGUUACAUGAAGAGUUUCCGGACUCGGCAUUUCUUGCUUUCAAUUUCCGUGAAGGUGAGAAACGCAGCCAAUUCGCCAAAACUCUGUGCGACUAUGACGUCACUAUCAUGGAUUAUCCGCGCCAGUAUGAGGGUUGUCCCCUCUUACCUUUGUCAUUAAUUCAACAUUUUCUUCGCGUCUGCGAGAGCUGGCUAUUGGUUGCGAAUCAGCAGAACAUCAUUCUACUGCACUGCGAGAGAGGAGGUUGGCCACUCUUGGCAUUCCUGCUGGCAGCUUUCUUGAUUUUCAGAAAAUUGUACGGUGGAGAACGGAGAACGCUCGAAAUUGUUCACCGAGAGGCUCCUAAAGGAUUUUUGCAGCUCCUCUCACCGUUGAAUCCGUUGCCUUCCCAGCUUCGGUACCUUCAGUAUAUUGCAAGGAGGAAUAUGUCUCCUGAGUGGCCACCUCCAGAACGAGCACUUUCUUUGGAUUGUAUAAUCUUGAGAGCCAUUCCUAGCUUUGAUUCGCAGAACGGUUGCAGGCCACUUAUCCGUAUAUUCGGUCGGAAUCUCCUUAGUAGAGGGGGCCUUUCGACGCAGAUGCUUUUCUCCAUGUCCAAGACGAAAAAGGCCCUUCGACAUUAUCGACAGGGGGACUGUGAUGUCAUUAAAAUCGACAUCCAAUGUCUCGUGCAAGGAGAUGUGGUCCUGGAGUGCGUCCACUUGGACUUGGACUCAGAAAGGGAAGUUAUGAUGUUCCGGAUAUUGUUCAAUACUGCAUUCAUCCGAUCAAACAUACUGAUGCUGAACUCUGAGAACUUGGACAUUCUUUGGGAUUCAAAGGAGCGGUAUCCAAAAGGAUUUCGUGCAGAGGUAUUGUUUGGGGAUGUUGAGAGUGUCUCUCCACCGAGAGCCCCGAUCACUGUUUUGAAUGGAGAGGAAAAAGGCGGAUUGCCCUUAGAAGCUUUCUCCAGGGUUCAGGAACUUUUCAGUGGUGUUGAAUGGGUCGACAGCAAUGAUGAUGCUGCACUUUGGUUGCUUAAACAACUUUCAGUCUUGACUGAUGUGAAAGAACUGUCUAGGCUACAAAACAAAGCAAGUUUGUACACUUCACCCGCUGAUUCCGAGGAUGAAAAUAAUACCUCCAGUGCAGCAGAUAGUUCGGAUGAAGCAUUCGAAUUUUUCCCAAAGCAGUCAACAGAUCCGAGAAAUUCUGUGAUGCAAACAAGUUUUGAUAGCGAUGAUGUGCUGGAUGCAAAAUUUACUUCAGAACUUGUGGAUCAAGAAUCAGAUACAGUUGAUACUCCACCUAUUGAUCAGCAACCAUGCCUUGCCGACGGAACAGCUCAAACUCACUUGCUUGAAUCAACCUCGUCUAUGGCAUCUCCUGUCUCCGAUUGUCUACCCCAACCACCAGUGUCACUAGUAGAGCCACCACCACCGCCACCCCCUCCUCCUCUUGUACGAUCUUCCCAUCAACCACCAGCUCCCCCUUCACUUCCCUCUAGUAAUGCUUCUAAGGCGCCACCUCCACCGCCACCACCUCCUCCACCUCUUUUGCCAACUUUUCAUCCACCACCACCGCCACCUCCCCCUUUACCUCUUUCCAGUAACAUAGCUAAAGGGCCACAUAGCCCACGGCCACCCCCACGGCCACCCCCACCUCCACCUCAACCUCCACAUGUCAAUCACCAAAAAAAUUCAUCAAUGCUAACUUCUACUGUUGAUGGAGCUGCAUUGCCAUCAAAAGGUCUGCCUCAUGCCCCUUCUUUUCCUUCUAAUUCUAUGCCAUCCCCUAAUAUCCCACCACCACCUCCCCCACCUCCAACAUCUAAACUCCCUCCACUAGGUCCUACACCUCCCCCACCACCUCCACCAUUUUCAUCUAGAUCAAGGCAAUUAUCUGCAAUGGCGCCGCCUCCACCUCCGCCGCUGCCUCCACCGUCCCAAUUUGUUUCAUCUAAAGGAUCUACCUUUCCUUCUCCUCCUACUCCUCCUCCUCCUCCUCCUCCUCUUCCGCCUCCCUACUUCACAUCCUUCCCAAGUCAAUCAUCCCUGCCUAAUCCAAUGCAAUCACCACCAUUGCCACCGCCGCCUCCUCCACCUCCUACCUUUAGUUCUAAAGGUCCUCCUCUCCCUCCACCAACUUCCUCACUUUCCUCUGUGCAUAGCCAAACAUCUUUAGGGCUGUCACCUUCAUUUUCAGACUCUGGAACUUUUAAGUUGCGGGGACCACCGCCGCCGCCACCUCCUCCACCUCCCCCAGCAUUAUCGCAUUUAAAGUCUGCCACAAGAGGUGCUGUUCCCGGAGAAUCUCCUUCACCUUCCACAGCAAAUAUCAAUUCCACAGUAAACCUUCCCAAGCCACCUCCACCGCCGCCACCACCUCCUUCAGGCCCUGGACAGCCAGGUUUAUCUCCAUCACCAACAGUUCCAAAGCCUCCCGGUGCACCUCCUCCACCGCCGCCGCCACCUCCUUCAGGUCCUGGACGGCCAGGUCUAUCCCCAUCACCACCAGCUCGAAAUCCUCCCUCUGCACCACCUCCACCGCCAGCUCCAAAGCCUCCCGGUGCACCACCUCCACCACCUGCUCCAAAGCCUCCUGGUCCACCUCCAUUUCCGGGAGCUAAGGGGACAAAUGUAGCGCCGCCACCUCUGCCAUCUAGUGGAAGGGGAAGAACUCUAGGGUCAAUGAAUCAAGGGAGGGGUCGAUCUGCUGGUGCGACUUCUAUCCCACCUAAAAAAAACUCUCUUAAACCUCUGCACUGGGUAAAAGUAACACGUGCAAUGCAAGGAAGUUUAUGGGCUGAUUCUCAGAAGCUGGAAAAUCAAUCAAGGGCCCCUGAAAUAGACAUAUCAGAACUUGAGAGUCUCUUCUCGGCAGCUACUUUGGAUGGAAGUGGGAGUAACAAAGCUGGUGGUCGGCGUUCUAACAUCAAUAAACCUGAGAAAGUGCAAUUGGUUGACUUGCGUAGAGCAUAUAAUUGUGAAAUAAUGCUCUCAAAGAUAAAAAUUCCUCUGCCGGAUAUGAUGAAUGCAGUACUGGCUUUGGAUUCUUCAGCUUUGGACAUUGAUCAGGUUGAAAAUCUCAUCAAGUUCUGUCCUACCAAGGAAGAAAUGGAGACUUUGAAGAAUUAUGCUGGUGACAAGGGAUCGCUAGGGAGGUGUGAACAGUUUUUCUUGGAACUGAUGAAGGUUCCCCGCAUUGAAUCCAAGUUACGAGUGUUUGCUUUCAGGAUCACCUUUUCAAGUCAGGUUAAUGACCUAAGGUCUAACCUCAGUACCAUUAAUGAUGCAGCUGAAGAGGUGAAAGAGUCAGUCAAACUACGUCAGAUAAUGCAAACCAUUCUCACUCUGGGCAAUGCAUUGAACCAAGGAACUGCACGAGGUUCCGCUAUUGGCUUCAAGCUGGACAGCCUCCUUAAAUUGUCUGAUACUCGUGCAAGAAACAACAAGAUGACUUUGAUGCAUUACCUAUGCAAGCUUCUUGCUGAAAAAAUGCCAGAAUUGCUGGAUUUUGGCAAGGAUCUUGUUCAUUUAGAAGCUGCUUCUAAGAUCCAAUUGAAAUCUUUGGCUGAGGAAAUGCAAGCUGUGAGCAAAGGUCUUGAAAAGGUCGAGCAAGAACUUGCUGGUUCUGAAAAUGAUGGUGCCAUAUCUGCUGGCUUCCAGAAAGUGUUGAAGAGCUUUCUUGACACUGCUGAAGCUGAAGUGAGGUCACUCAUUUCAUUGUACUCUGAAGUGGGCCGCAAUGCCGAUUCUCUAUGUCAAUAUUUUGGAGAGGAUCCAGCUCGCUGUCCCUUUGAACAAGUGACUCAAAUCUUGGCCGUCUUCGUGAAGAUGUUCAAUAAGUCACGUGAAGAGAAUGAAAGGCAGGCUGAUGCGGAGAAAAAGAAACAAGAGAAAGAAGCUAUGAAAGAAAAGACUGCUGCUAAUUCGACUGCGAGAAGAUAAAGGGCUUGUCUAAACCAAAAGAAGCGAUAUUGCAAAUGUCUCUAAACAACCUCCUGAUUUGACAUGGCAUACGAAACUACCUAGCACACGCAAAAGGUGGAUUUGGAGCACAGCUCAGUUAUCGUGUGCCCAAAAUGCUCGGGGUUUAUUGAACAGUCAAUUUUGAUUGACUGGUACGUCCCUUGGGCUUCCACUGCUGCAUCAAAGCGAACUUCGGCACGUCGAAAUCACCUCGAGACAGAAAACUUUUGCAAAAAUUUACUUUGCUAAGGCGGGAUGCAGCAUAUUAACACCGCUGUCAUGUCCGCUUUUCAUCUUUAGUAUGAUGCUAACUGGGUGUCAUGCUGAAAGUCCUGUAUAGCUCGUAGAAGUUCAAUUUUGUAGGCAAUGAAUUUGAGUGGCACUACGCAAUGUUAAUGCUACGCCAGAGGCAGAAGUAAGAAAUUCAUUUUGAAUUUCAAAAACAAAAGCAAAUAAUUGCGGUUAUUCGGAUAUUCUGAGUUUCUUGUUUGCAUUCUAUCAGUAUAUGCAUACGAGCGUUUGCCCAAA